AUGAAUAACACAGUGGCAUACUUAUCCACAUUCGCUGUGGCUUACUUUAUAUAUAAAUGGAUAUUUACUUGCUCAACUCUUAAGGGUCGGCCCGUACAAUUUAAAAUACCAGAAGUUCCAAAAGAAAUUGAAAGUAAUUGGGUUCCAUCUAAAGAAAUCUCAACUAAUGUACCAGAAGGCUACAUCGAAGCUAGAUGUCCAGCUACCGGCCAAUUUUUGGGUAACUUUAAGUCCAUGGAUAAUAAUAAUAUCGAUAAUUUGAUUGAAAAAGCUGCCAUUGCUCAAGCUAAUUUCAACAAGAAUAAAGAGGAUCAAAAACGCUUAUGGGAACAAAAGUUAUCUAUAUUGAUCUCAUUAAGAGACUUCAUUAUCAAAAACCAAGAUUUAAUUGCCAGAAUUGCAUGUCGUGAUUCAGGUAAGACCCGAGUCGACGCAUCAAUGGGUGAAAUUUUAGUCACUUUAGAAAAACUAAAUUGGUGUAUCAAACAUGGUCAUAAAGCAUUAUCGGUUUCAAAGAGAUCUGGUCCAACUAACUUAUUUAUGAAAUGGUAUAAGGGAGCUGAAAUCAGGUACGAACCCUUAGGUGUCAUUGCGUCUAUCGUUUCAUGGAAUUAUCCAUUCCACAAUUUAAUGGGUCCAAUUAUUGCCUCUAUCAUUACUGGUAAUGCAAUUAUCGUUAAAUGUUCUGAACAAGUCGUUUGGUCCUCAAACUAUUUCAUUGAAUUGGUUAGAAAUUGUCUUACCGCCUGUGAUGUAGAUCCUGAUUUGGUUCAACUAUUUUAUUGUUUACCACCACAAAAUAACAAGGAUGAUUCUUUAAUGUUGGAACCUGCCAACUAUUUUACCUCCCAUCCUGGUUUAAAACAUAUAACGUUUAUUGGAAGUCAGCCCAUUGCCCAUCAAAUUUUAAAGUGUGCAGCCAAAUCCUUAACUCCAGUAGUAGUCGAAUUAGGUGGUAAAGAUGCAUUUAUUGUCCUGGACAGUUACACCGAUUUACCAACUAUUGCUUCUAUCAUUUUAAGGGGUACUUUCCAAUCGGCUGGUCAAAAUUGUAUCGGUAUUGAAAGAGUAAUUGUAUCUUCUAAAAACUAUGAUCGACUAGUUGAAAUUUUACAUGAAAGAUUGUUAAAAAAUCCAUUCAAAUUAGGAUCCGACAUAGAUAAUGAAGGUAACAAAGUAGAGAACAGUGUCGAUAUGGGUGCCAUGAUCUCUGAUAACAGAUUUUCCCAAUUAGAAGAACUUGUUAAAGAUGCUGUAAGUAAAGGUGCCAGAUUAUUACUUGGUGGAUCUCGCUAUCAACAUCCAAAAUAUCCAAGUGGGAACUAUUUCCAACCUACUCUUUUGGUCGAUGUUACUCCGGAUAUGACGAUUGCUCAAAAUGAAGUCUUUGGCCCAAUCUUAGUUAUGAUGAAAGGUGACUCCACCGAUGAUUGCAUCAGACUGGCCAAUUCUGCACCAUUUGGUCUUGGUGGUUCUGUCUUUGGUAAUGAUUUGAAAGAGUGCAAUUAUGUGGCUGACAAUUUACUUACUAGUAAUGUGGCAAUCAAUGAUUUUGCUACUUUCUAUGUGUGCCAAUUACCUUUUGGUGGUAUAAAUGGUUCUGGGUACGGUAAAUUCGGCGGUGAAGAAGGUUUAUUAGGAUUAUGCAACGCAAAGAGUGUCUGUUAUGAUAAGUUACCAUUUGUUUCCACUCAAAUCCCUAAACCUCUAGAUUACCCAUUAAACAAUUCCAAAGCAUGGAGCUUUGUGAAAAGUUUCAUUACUGCAUCUUAUACAACAUCCCUAUUUGAAAGAAUUAAAUCUAUAUGGACCCUUGCUCAAGAAAGUAAAUGA